CAUGCUGGUUUGGAACCUGAAGGGUUCUGGGUGGUUACCGUCGGCCAAGAAGUUGGUAUAUUCUACCAUUGGGCUGAUGUGGCUGAACGCACCAACUUUGUUAGUGGUAACGUUCAGAAGUGGUACCCUUCAUUCCAGAAGGCACUUGAGGUAUAUAUGGUACAAUAUAAU